ACCUUCUGCAAUAUUUUGGGGGGGGGUUGCUCAAUAGGGAGGAAACCAUCCCCAUCCCUAAAUCAAAGCCUCAGGCUCCUUCCUGACAGCGCUAUCCGAGAAAGACUUUGAGAGAGAAAGGACGCGAAGCUCAGGCCCCCGCGGGCGGUUCAGCAGGUUUCUUCGAACCGGUGCGAUUCUCCCACUCUCCUCAGGGGCCCGUUGGUUCGCGCCGGCGCCUUUUAAGGGCACCGUGGGGGCGAACGGAGCGCUCAGAGCUGCUUCGGCCGCGGCCCUGGGAGCUGGAGGAGCCGCGACUCAGCAGGCAUGACUGGAGAGGGAAGUCCCAAUGGUGCUAGAAUGGUGCUGCAGUGGCAGAAGACGGCUCACGAGUGAGGUCUGGAAGAACGACAGGGAAGACAUCCAUCAUUUGCUCCAAAGUGUGCAAGUCAAAUCCUGGGGAGAAUCAUGAUAACCCUGAUCACUGAGCAGCUACAGAAGCAGACUCUGGAUGAGCUGAAAUGCACACGCUUCAGCAUCAGUCUGCCUUUGCCUGAUCAUGCAGACAUCUCCAACUGUGGGAACCCUUUCCAGCUUGUGUCUGAAGGUGCUUCCUGGAGGGGCCUGCCCCACUGUUCCUGUGCCAAGUUCCAGGACAGCCUCAACCUCAGCUACCAUCCCUCAGGCUUGAGCCUGCAUCUCAGACCACCCAGCCGGGGAAGCUCCCUACAGGAGCAACCCCUCCCUGAAGUCCUAAGCCCUGAGUCCCCAGACCCAGAGAAACUCCCUGUGACCCCCGCCCCUCCAUCCAAGAGGCACUGCCGCUCACUCUCCGUGCCCGUGGACCUGUCUCGCUGGCAGCCAGUGUGGCGGCCCGCCCCCUCCAAGCUGUGGACUCCCAUCAAGCACAGGGGCAGUGGUGGAGGGGGUGGGCCGCAGGUGCCUCACCAGAGCCCCCCGAAGCGGGUCUCCAGCCUCAGGUUCCUCCAAGCUCCCAGUGCCUCUUCUCAAUGUGCCCCAGCCCACAGACCCUGCAGCCCCCCUUUCUUCAGCCUUGCCCUAGCCCAAGAUUCCUCUCGACCCUCUGCUGCCUCCCCCCAAAGUGGCUCCUGGGAGAGUGAUGCUGAGUCCCUGUCACCUUGUCCACCCCAGCGCCGCUUCUCCCUGUCACCCAGCCUGGGCCCGCAGGCAAGUCACUUCCUGCCCUCUGCCCGGAGCUCCCCCGCAUCCUCCCCGGAGCUGCCCUGGAGACCUCGAGGCCUCCGCAACCUUCCCCGGAGCCGCUCACAGCCUUGUGAUCUGGAUGCCCGCAAAGCUGGGGUCAAACGGCGCCACGAGGAGGACCCACGGCGGCUGCGGCCUUCCUUAGACUUUGACAAGAUGAAUCAGAAACCGUACUCAGGAGGUCUCUGUUUUCAAGAUACAGCCCCGGAAGGCAGCAGCAUUUCUCCGCCGUGGUUCAUGGCCUGUAGCCCCCCACCCCUCUCUGCUUCCUGCAGCCCCGUUGGGGGUUCCUCCCAGGUGCUGAGUGAAAGCGAAGAGGAGGAGGAGGGGGCCGUGCGGUGGGGGCGGCAGACGCUAAGCAAACGGACACUGUGCCAGAAGGAUUUUGGCGACCUGGACUUGAAUCUGAUUGAGGAGAACUAAAACUGAGAGGCUACUUCCUGGGGCCACACAGACUGACUAUCUUAUGGCUACUAACAAGUGUUGAGGCCCCAAGGCCGGGGGCCCAGCCUGGGAACGGGGGUGAGUGGAGGGCUCCAACUCAGGGCAGCUGGAAAUCUUCUCACUCCAGACAACUCGACCAUGCCAAGAGACUGGCCGGGACAAGAUAAAUGGAGCUGGUGGCGGGAGGGACAGCCCCAGAGCAGACCCUUCCCAUGGCGGCCCUGAGUGUGAGUAUCCCUGCCACCGAGAGAGCGAUGGAUGGGCAGGGAAGGAAGGGGUCUGCUGACCCCAGCUCGGGGAAUUUCACUAGCCCCUUUGCUUCAAAGGGCACUUGUGUCUUAGAAUUUGGCUAGAGUAGGGGGUUGAGUCAGCCUCCUCAGAGAAAUUGUGUGAGUGUGUGCGUGCAUGGGAGUGUGUUCAAGUAAAGGCGUCUUUUUGUAGCCUUAGGGAAAGAAGGCAUUUGCUCCUUAACAGCAGAGCAUCGUGAUGCCCCAGGAUCCUGAGUUUUCACAGGAUACUGGGCUUGGUCAAGGAGUUAGGAGGGCACCAAGUUUUCCUUUUUUCUAAAUAGCUCUGGAGCCAGGCUUGUAAUCUGUAAGCACCACUGGCUCUGCAAAGGACUCUGUUUGGGGUCUUUUAAGUGCCGUGACCUCAGCUAAUGGUCUUUUCAUUAUCCCCACCUCCUCCCACUAGGUGGAUCUAGUAGUGGGGGCUGGAGGGGAGGUUCCACAUUUAUUCUGAGCUGGCCUUUUUUUCUCAUCAGAUUGCCUAGGCUAUACACAUCCUGCCUCUCUCGCUCUAAGUAGAUGCAGGCACAUGUGGGCAACUGAGUCAGUUUUGAAGGGCUCCAUCUCUCACUUUUCAUUUCUACUGAAGGAACCUUUCUGCCCUCAUGCUCUGACCUAGGUCAGAGACAAGGAAGGAAGAUCCUGUAUUGGUCCCCAGUAUCUAUUGAGGCAGACCUGCAGCAGGAGAUAACGGUGUUCAGGCCCUACAGGCAUGGAUGAGCUCACCCCAGCACUGCCCAUUGGAAGCAGACUGUAAGGAAGCCUGUUCUCGUGAGAUCCAGGCCCAACCUCUUUUCUGACCUGCUUGAGAAAUGAGUGUCAGCAUUUAUUAGUUUGCUUAUCUUCCACUCCUGCCAGGAAAUGUUAAUUUGCCUCUAAUUGGCCCUGAGAGACCACAGGGAGGUUGGGGCUCACUAAGGGAUCGGCUAAGAAUGUGUAAAGCAAAGGCUGUGAGGAGCAGUUGGGAGUUUGUUGUUGUUGGAUUGAAUUUCCUUUUUUAAGUUUCUCACCCACAGCUUGAGCUAGGGCAGCAGGUCUCAGUGGCUACAGUGAUAUGUUUAAGGACUGCAGCUACCAUGGUAGGGCUGGCACCAGUGGAAAUGCGUACUGAAGCUGCCACUACAAUACCUAGUGAGGCUUUGUCCAGCUUUGGUUAGACCCUGCAGGACCAAAUUGGGGCUGCCUUCCCUGUUUAUUAGAAGGGCCAUUUUCUUUUCAGUUUCCAGGGUGUCUUAGGACCCAAGUUUCUUGUGUUAGGGGAAAAGAUCAAGGUCUAUGUGUUUUCUUCCUUGUGAAGUUGAUCCUGACAUUUUUCUGGGUCUCCCACAUGUCGAGUAAGAGCAUCAGUGAGGCUCCUGCCUUCUCACCUGCACUCCAGAGGAGAGGUGGCCGUGUCUUCUUGAGCCUCUGGCACUCAGAGGCUCUACCCUUCCAGGGCUCCUCUCCUACAAGUUACCACAUAUUACCAGUGGGCCACCAGGACUGUGGGGACCUGAGAGAACCGCUGCAGAGAAUCCAGGGAAACUGUGAGCCUAGGAGUUGACCAUCCUUGGUUUCAUCUCUCCCCUGGCUCUUCUCCCUCUUCAGGCCAUAAUAUAGGCCAUAAUUUUCCUGGUGCCAGCUUCUUUUCCUCCUGGGGCAUCCUCAUCCCCAGGCUCUCUGCUGCAAAUUGGCUGUGCCAGCUUCCAUUAGGCCACUGGCAAUGCCAGUGGGGUCUCUGCAGGCCCUAAGCUAAAGAAGUGAGGGCAGUAAUUAUGCCUCCAUCCUGGUUUCCCCAAAGCCCUAGGGUACCCUCUUUAGGGAAGAAAGUCUACAGAUAUCAUAGUUGAAUUCCAUUACUUUAAGACUGGAAAGUUAAACUCACCAGAACUAUCAUCUUGCUUCCUAGUCUAAGCACCCAUGGCCCUGGGACAAGCCUUUUCAAGAAGUGGUUCAUUUUGCUUUACACAAUAGAUCUGUUCCAACAGUUCUGUGUAAAUCAAAUGCUAUUUUUCAGUGCAUUUGAACUGCUGACCAUUUAAAAGCAGACUAUGAUUGCUUCUUUUGUAAAGCAAGCACCUUCCCUCUACUUUAGCUGUUUUGACUAUUCAGAUUUUCACAUAUUGGACUUACCCAGAGUGGAGCACACCUCUACAGGGCUUGUGGUUGAUGCUGGGUAACCAUCUGCAUCUGUGCUGUGUGUGUGAUGUGGCUGACCAGUAGGUGAGUAUUCCUGCGUGUGUGAGUGAAGCCACUCUCAGGCUGGUGCUCUCCUGUGCCCGGUGACUGCCCAGUGGCAGCUCCAGCUGCCCUUCACUCCCACCUGCUGCCAAAGUCCCUGUGCUAAUGGGAUUACAAAUACAAAAAGUGGAAAAAAAAAUUUCGUAAACUUUGUUUUAUAUUAAAAAAAAAAAAAA